GCGUCCCUGUUACAGCGUGCUUCCUCUUUGGGAUCCUUAUUGUUGUAAAUAAGAUCAAAUUUGAACAACAUUCAUUUGAAAAGUGUAAUUGCGGGUUAACAUAAUAUAAAAAAUAACACUGUGUUAGAGCAGCAAUUGACAUUGUCAAAUUGGCGCGAAUUCAAUUAAAAUGACGCUCUCAGUAUUGGCGUCGUUCGACGAUCUUCGACGAUGCAUGCAAGUGUUGACCGAUGGAACAGCCGAGGAGGAAUUCCUGCGCUUCUUGCGCCUCUUCGAACAAUAUCAUGAAAAAUGCAAUGGCUACGCCACACAAAAUGCGCGACUGCAAACCGAGCUAGACAAGUCACUGGCCAAAAUGGGUGAUCUGGAGGGCAAACUGUAUCAUGCCCGCCGCAUCAUCGACACAGAAAUCAAGGCGCGCCGUCAAGCGGAGCACGAACGCGAUGCCAUGGAGGGAAAAAUCAUGGCAGUUGCCGAUCUGCUGCGCCACGAGCGCAAUCUGAACAACGAGACUCGCGAUAAGCUGGCUUUUCUCCACACACUACCGUCAGGAUCGACGCGCAAGCGUAAAUCAUUGAAUACGUUGCACGAGGACAAAUCGUAUGGCGACAUUAAUUCUACGGGCUCGCUACUAUCAGAUCUAUCUAUAACACAUUCUGAGGAUGAUUUCCUCGAUGUGCGACGCUCGAAGUCAUGGCGUGAGCAUCGCCCAUCCUUACCCAAGAAUCCAGUGCCUUGUGUGGGCAAUAAGCGUUCCCGUCUGAGCACAGGACUGAACAGCAGCAAUGUUGGCACUCCAACAGUCGCAAACACGCCGACAACGACGACAUCAGCUUCACGUCGUUCAAUUGGCGUUGAUCAGCACACCUUGGAUGUGGGUCAGGGCGCAGAGCGCUUUUGUGCCACCACCAAGGUGACAAUACCACAGGAUGGUCAGGGUGUUAUACGAGCAGAGUCCACAAUUGAAGCGCUGCCCCUUAAAUUGGCUCAUGGCGAAGUACAGACUUCGUCGACGCCGCGUCGUUCAGGCUUCAAGGAGGCAACGGCUCCCCCAUUGACUCCACUUAAUGCCAUGGCCAGCGCAUCGCCGGCACAUCAGAAUCGUCCAAUGAUGCGCAAGCACAGUUUCAGCCAAAAGACCUUUUUGCGUGGCGACAAUUGUGUGCAGUGCCAGAAGCGUAUUCGCUUUGGCGCUGUGGGAUUGCGUUGUCGGGAUUGUCCGGUGCGCUGUCACAUCGACUGUCGCCAGCUGCUCACGGUCAGCUGUGUGCCGCAGUCGGGCACGCCCACAACCAAGACAGUGAUGGGAUACAUAGCCGAUUUUGCACCCGCAAUUACGCCCAUGGUACCGGCGCUGAUUGUGCACUGCGUCAAUGAGAUUGAGGCCCGUGGUCUGAACGAGGUAGGACUCUAUCGCAUGUCGUCGUCGGAACGCGAGUACAAAGCACUUAAGGAGCAGUUCUUGCGCGGCAAGGCGACGCCACAUUUGGGCAACACAGACAUCUAUGUGCUGUGCUGUUGUGUAAAGGAUUUCUUGCGUACUCUUCGUGAACCACUUAUACCUACUAACCAGUGGAAGGACUUUGCAAAUGCUGUACAGAAUCCAGACAACAAGCAGGCGGAACAAUUGCUCUACAAGGCUGUCGGCCAACUGCCGUGUGCAAAUCGCGACACAUUGGCAUUCCUCAUAUUGCACUUUCAACGCAUUGCCAACUGUCCGGUGGUUAUGAUGCCGCUGGAGAAUAUGUCAUUGAUUUUUGGUCCCACAAUUGUUGGCUAUUCGUCGCCGGAUCCCGAUCAGCAUGCACUAUAUACCGAAGUGUUUACCCAGAAUCAAGUAAUGAAGGCAUUGCUCGAUUUGCCCGGCACUUUUUGGCAACAGUUUCUGGCUCUGGAGCCAUCGGCAGAGGAGGCGCCACCAAGCACCGCUGUCAAGCGUGUGCCUAGCAACAAUAGAGAUAUGUUUUCGCUAUAUGCUACCCCACUGAAAGGCACCAUGAAGAAACGCAAGUUUUAUGCAACACCACCAAUGUCUGCGCAUAAGAAGUAGAAAAGAGCUGCAUCCGUCCACAUCUCCAUUUGGUUUGGUUGGUUGAACGACAGUAUUUAUGCAUCGCUGGCGUGCUUACUUAAAUGUGUAUCAAUUAUUUCAUUUUUUUCUUUUGUUGCUUCAGUUAAAAUUACGUUAACUUUCAAGAGCAUUUUGUACUGAAAUGUAAUUAUUAUCCGCAAGUCAAACUAUUGUUUAUGCUUAAGCUAGACGUUCGAAAAUAUCACUGAUUUAAUCUUCUAUCUGUUUCUAACAAACAGUCUCACAAUUACUUACCAUCAUGAUACUGAAUUUGUACAUCCUGAUUAAUAUUUGUAUAAUAAACCACUGAACAAAUGCAAAAAUGUAUU